AUGGAAGAGGACAGGACGUACCAUAUGCAAGGAGGGAACUGCAAUAUGAACACUAAUGCUGAGUUAAGCGAAAAUUAUUAUGAUGGCAUAGAUGGGAUGAAUAAUAAAGCAUACUAUAACAACUAUGAGGAGGAUAAGGGAGGAAACUUUUCUUCCAUGAAUCGAAGUAAUAACAUGUAUAUUGGAGAUGGGAAAGGAAUGAUGAGAAGCGGUGGUAAUUCCGGUGUGAAUAAUAUGCACAGUGUAAGCAACAUGAACAUGAAUGUGAACGGAAUGCACAUGAACAGCAUGAACGGUAUGAGCAAUAUGAACGGUAUGAACAAUAUGAACGGUAUGAACAAUAUGAACGGUAUGAACAAUAUGAACGGUAUGAGGAGUAUGAACGGCAUGAACAACAUGCACAUGAACAGCAUGAAUAGUCACCCGAAUGUCAUGUAUAAUACGAACUUUAACAUGAACAAUAACCCAAAUUACAACCCAGGGAAUUUCUCAACAUAUAAUAAUGAAUACAACAACAUAAAUUUUCAGAUGAUGAAUAAUAGUCGUAAUAACAAUAACUACUCAAACAAUCCGACGAACAUGUCAUCAAAUUCAUUUCCAAGCGAACAAUAUAUUCUUAAUAAGAAGGCGGCUAAAAUAUUAUACAUACAUAAUAUAACGAAUAAAUUAGCGGAUGAGAAUUUCAUAUAUAGUGUAUGUUUUAUUUAUGGAAACGUAGAGUCAGUUAGCUAUAUGAAAGGAAAAAAUAUAUUUAUUGUAAAAUUUGAAUCAUCUGAUAGUGCAUUCAGUGCUUAUAAAUACCUACCAACACAUUUUAAAAAUUUACAAUUAGAACUAAGAAAUGAAUCAAGGAAAAUAAGUUAUUUUAAUGAAAAGGCUAACAGCAAUAAAUAUAUCUCACCAAAUAUUUCGGAAAAGAAAUUCCUUUCUCUUAGUUUGGAGAAGAGAGAACAAGUUAUGAAUAUUAAACAGAAAGAGUUGUUACGUAAAUGUAAGGAAAAGUUAAAUGAAUAUAUCAACAUGUUUAAUAAUAAAAGUAUAACUGAUGAAACAAAAGAAAAAUUGAAAUCUUUGAUUGACCAUUUGAAAGCCAGAAUACAAAUGCUUAACAAUCAAUGUGGUGAUGCUACCAAUUUGGGAAAUUCUUCUAAUACCACUUCAUUUAACAAUUAUGAAGCAAGUGCUUCAGGGAAUAAUACGAGUGUAGGAAAUCUUAGUUCUGGAACUUUAAGCGAGAAAACAAUCAAUGGAGCUAAGACGUCAAGUGGAGGAAGCACAAUGACCUCUACAAGUACAACUAUAAAAAUUAACUCAAUGAGUAAUAUUCAAAAUAAUGAAGAAUUAAGCAAUUAUAUUGCUCAGAAUAAUUCUAUUUUUUUAAAUGAACACAUAUCGUACUUUUCUUUAUUUUCCUUUGGGGAAAAAUAUGCUAUUAUUAAAUACAAUAAUGAAAAUAUUGCAAAAAAUGUUUUCAAAAAUUGCAAUAUGUAUAAUAUAAAUGUAGAGUUUGUUCCUGAUGAUACGGAUGGACAAAAUGCGAAUUGA